AUGGCUGUCGACAAUUCAAACUCGAUACCCCAGGGAUCGAAGGAUGUUUACGCUGAUCAUCCCUUUGCUCUUAUCACAACACCUGCGUACACAUUGCCUUCUGAAACCAAGCCAAACCUGUUUCACAACCUUGCUACCGAAAUGGCCUGUGUCCACAACAUGAUCAUUCGCGGCCUGAACUCGAUAUACCUCCAAGCGCAGCACGUCCAGCCCUCCGACCAUUACGCAUUCUGCAAUUACGCGCAUCAGUGGUGUCGAUACCUAAAUGCCCACCACUCCGGAGAGGAACAAUAUUACUUCCCAGCUAUCGAGCGUCUCUCAGGACAAGAGGGGCUCAUGAGUCGUAAUGUGGAUCAACACAAAGUGUUCCACGACGGGGUCGAGGAGUUCAGCCUAUAUGUUCAGGGUUGCCUGAAUAAAAACACCGAUUUUAGUGGCGAUGAGCUCAUUAGAAUUAUCGACACGUUCUCUAAGGCCCUUAUUGAACACUUGAAUGGUGAAAUCGGAACAAUAUUGGGCCUGGAGGAGUUCGGCGAGGAGAGAAUGGCGGAAAUACUGGACAUCAAUGCUCAAGCGGUAGGGGAAGUCAUGAAAUCGCAGGGCAUGACCACCGGGCUGCCGUUUGCCAUCGCCAACCUGGAUCUUCACUUCGAGGGCGGCAUACAUGCUAACACGUUCCCGCCCCCCGAGGCAGCUGGGCCGCUGUUCGUGAUCCGGCAUAUCGGAUUCUGGUUUCAUCGAGACUGGUGGAAGUUUGCUUCUUGUGACCGCUCAGGGAAUAUGCAGCGCCUUUAUGCUGUACCAAAGUAG